CGUCGCAUUCACAAUCACACACCAUAAUUAACACCAACUAACUAUCCAAAGCUUCACGAGAUUCCCCCAGCUCUUCGUGACACCGCCACCCGAAUCGCUACGCGCCUUGCCUUUUUACCACCUCUUCACAUGCACGCACGGUGCUAAUUAAACCGAACAACCACCUCAGCUCUCGCCUGAGAUGAUUAGCAGCUAACGACGAUCACGAGCCGCCGCUCGUUACACGUUCGCGCCGUAUAUUAAUUAGUCAUCGUCUCUCUCGUACGUGACACCGCCGCUAUGCGAGACCGACUGAUGCUACAACUUCUGUCCUUGCUCCGGCCGCCGCUGCCGCCAGCCAUGGCGGCCGCGGCCGGAUCAGUUGGAGGCGACGACCACCAUCACCAUCAGCAGGCGAGGUACCCGCUCGACGCCGGGUCGUACCGGCUGCUGUGCAAGAUCGGGAGCGGCGUGAGCGCGGUGGUGUACAAGGCGGCGUGCGUGCCGCUGGGGUCGGCGGUGGUGGCCAUCAAGGCGAUCGACCUGGAGCGGUCGCGCGCCAACCUGGACGAGGUGUGGCGCGAGGCGAAGGCCAUGGCGCUGCUGUCGCACCGCAACGUGCUCCGCGCGCACUGCUCCUUCACCGUCGGUAGCCACCUCUGGGUGGUCAUGCCGUUCAUGGCCGCCGGCUCGCUCCACUCCAUCCUCUCCCACGGCUUCCCCGACGGCCUGCCGGAGCAGUGCAUCGCCGUCGUGCUCAGGGACACGCUCCGCGCGCUGUGCUACCUGCACGAGCAGGGCCGCAUCCACCGCGACAUCAAGGCCGGCAACAUCCUCGUCGACUCCGACGGGUCGGUCAAGCUCGCCGACUUCGGCGUGUCCGCGUCCAUCUACGAGACCGCGCCAUCGACGUCGUCCGCGUUCUCCGGCCCGAUAAACCACGCGCCGCCGCCGUCGGGGGCGGCGCUGAGCUCGUCGUGCUUCAACGACAUGGCCGGGACGCCGUACUGGAUGGCGCCGGAGGUGAUCCACUCCCACGUCGGGUACGGCAUCAAGGCCGACAUCUGGUCGUUCGGCAUCACGGCGCUGGAGCUCGCGCACGGCCGGCCGCCGCUCUCCCACCUGCCGCCGUCCAAGUCGAUGCUGAUGCGGAUCACCAGCCGCGUCCGCCUCGAGGUCGACGCCUCCUCCUCCUCCUCCGAGGGCUCGUCGUCGGCGGCGAGGAAGAAGAAGAAGUUCUCCAAGGCGUUCAAGGACAUGGUGUCGUCGUGCCUGUGCCAGGAGCCGGCGAAGCGGCCGUCGGCGGAGAAGCUCCUCCGCCACCCGUUCUUCAAGGGGUGCCGCUCCAGGGACUACGACUACCUCGUCCGCAACGUGCUCGACGCCGUCCCCACCGUCGAGGAGAGGUGCAGGGACUCCACCCAGCUCUGCGGCUGCGCCCGCGGCGCGCGCUGCGUCUCCCCGUGCCGCCACGCCAGCAGCGGCAGCAACGUCGUCGCCGCCAAGAACCGACGCAUCAGCGGCUGGAACUUCAACGAGGAGAGCUUCGAGCUCGACCCCACCGACAAGCCACCGGAGCAGCAGCAGCAGCAGCCAUGCUUCCCCUUCCACCACGACAACGACGACGACAUGGUCGAGCACGAGCAAGAACAGCGGCGGAGGCAGGAUGGCAACGAUGGCUCAAGCGACGUGGCGGUUCCCCACCUGGUGACCAUCUUGGGGAGCUUGGAGAUGCAGAGGGACAUGGUGAUGCAGGUGCUAGAAGGCGAUGGCGGAGGCGGCGGCGAGACGGCGGGGAGGGAGGAGAUGCUGGUUGGGUACGUGAGGGAGCUGGAGAAGAGGGUGCAGGAGCUGAGCACGGAGGUGGAGGAGGAGAUGGCCAGGAACGCGCAUCUGCAGGAGCUUCUCCACGAGAGGGCUUGUGAGAAUCACACGGAUUCAUCUCACACAUCAGGGAGUCGUUGAGAGAUCGCCGUGCGUCUCCUUGCAGUGUGUGAUUGGUUGGACACAGGAUUGAUCAACGUAUAUGCAUGCAUGCUUGCUCGUGAAAAUUCUUAGGCUGCUAAUAUAGUUUGUACAAUUUGUACACUUGCACGGAGUGAUCGAAAUGCUGGUGGUGUACUUUCUCAAGAAGUAUGCGUUAAAUGUACAGUAAUUUACACAGUUGUACCUGGGCUACAAGUUUUACUUUUUACGGGUGAAGAAAGUAGGAAAAUUGUUGUUU